AUGCCGCUCAACCCGCAUACGUACCAGUUCCUCGUAGGCGUGUUUGCAUCCUUCGGGUCGGUCCUCUAUGGCUACGACCUGGGUGUUAUCGCCGGCGUGGUGGGGAGCUCGUCCUACCACGAACUCUUCAAACCGCUGGCGGCGCAAAACGGGGCCGUCGUGUCGCUCUUUACAGGCGGUGCUUUCUUCGGCGCCGCGUUCGCGGGACCCGCAGGCGACUACCUGGGCCGCCGGAAAACCAUCCUCACCGGUGCCUUACUAUUCCUCCUGGGAGGUGCCCUUCAGACUGCCGCGCAAAGCAUCAACUAUCUGUACGCCGGCCGCGCCAUUGCGGGACUGGGAGUCGGGUUCCUGACUAUGAUUAUCCCCGUGUAUCAGGGUGAGAUCGCCCACCCAUCCAUCCGUGGCCGUGUGACGGGGUUGCAGCAGUUCAUGUUAGGCAUUGGAGCCCUGAUGGCAGGGUGGAUUUCGUGGGGUUGUUUCACCAACUAUACCGACUCCAGACAGUGGCGCAUUCCACUCGGGAUCCAGAUGAUGCCGGCUGUGAUACUCGCUGCGCUUAUUCUGUUGUUCCCCGAGAGUCCGCGUUGGUUAAUCGACCACGAUCGCGUCGAGGAUGGGUUGCGGACCCUGGCUAGUCUGCAUGCGCACGGAAAUACGCAGGACCCUUGGGUUCAGGCUGAGUUCUCUCUGAUUCAGGAAACCAUUGCCUUCGAGCACCAGCACGAGGCCAAGAGCUACCAGGAGCUCUUCACCAGCCGCUCCUCCUUCCGCCGCCUCUUCCUCGCCUGCGCCCUUCAGGCCUCGAUCCAGAUGACGGGCGUCUCCGCCAUCCAGUACUUCUCCGUCAAUAUCUUCGCCCAGAUCGGCAUUUCCGCCGACGAUGCCCUGAAAUACCAAGCUAUCAACUCCAUCUUGGCUCUGAUCGCCCAGGCCAUCUGUAUCCUGACCAUCGACAAGUUCGGCCGUCGCUGGCCCCUCAUCAUCGGCAACCUGGUCAACUGCGUUACCUUCAUCAUUGUCAGCAUCCUGAUUGCCAAGUUCCCCCCUUCGGAAAACGCCUCGGGCACCGCUGGCUGGGGCUUCAUCAUCGUCACCUGGCUCUUCAAUAUCUCCUUCUCGUAUGCCUGCGGGCCCCUAUCCUGGAUCAUCCCCGCCGAGAUCUUCGACACCCACACGCGGUCCAAGGGCGUCUCCAUCGCCACUAUGAUCUCCUUCGCCUUCAAUACUAUGAUCGGCCAGGUGACGGACCCUGCCAUUGAAGGCGUGGGGUGGCGCUACUUCCUCGUAUUUGUCGUCUGCAAUUUCACCAAUGCCAUCUUUUUCUGGGCCUUGCUUCCGGAGACUAAGCAGUUACCGCUGGAGGAGAUGAAUUACUUGUUCUCCAAUGCGCCUUGGAUUGUACCGGGCAGUGACAAAAGUACGUACAGGGCGAACUUGGGUGUCGAUCUUGAGAGGAGAGCCGCCGAGGUUAGGGAGAAAGGGGCGGUCGGAGGACAUCAUGAGAGGAUGAGUGAGUCGAAGGAGACUGCUGCCUGA